GUGCAAACAUGUUCCACAGUAUCGUGGCUGCUGAGAAAGCAGCCAUCGCAGGCGAGGGACACGAAGAGUUCGAUACACAGCAGUGCCGCGACCUCCAGGCUGCGUUCCUUUCUUCAAGCCCGACCGACGCGCCUGAUCGCGUCUUUCCAUUCAGCAACAAGGUCAAUUCAAGUCCUCCUCCACCAAGGGCGAACGACAAGGACGAGGUUGAAGUCGACCGCGCAGUCGAGAAGCCUCAGCAGGAUAAUGGUGGCAUCUCGAAGCCCGCUGAGCCUUCCGCCGUAUCAAUUGAGCCCACGGUGCCCACCUCAUUGCUGGCACCUCCGGGAGAUGAUGCAGCUUCCGACACACAAAGCAUUGUCAAGAAGAUAAUAAUUAAACGGAACAGCGACGGAUUCUUACGAGCUUUCGACGGAGAGGGGAAUGAGGUCCCAGGCUCCAAAUUUUCGGAACAAUUAGAGCGUCAAAAGCAGGCAACCACCCAAGCCAUGGAGCUGGACGACCUCACGCAGAGGAGUGCUAUGUCGUUGACGCAGGAGAACCCACCUUCAGCGUAUGAUCAAUUCGAUAUCCAAAACAAUAUUCGCGACGAAUACCCCUCUACUGCGACUCCCGACGACGGAGAUGCUCGCGAACCACCACGAACCCAGACGGCGGGAUCACUGCACUCCAGACAACAUGCAUCGACUAGAACGGAGUCCACUGCACACACUUACCAAGAAAACGACUCCAGAUAUAUCCAUCUUGAUUUUGAACCCUCCUCGAUCGUCGACGCAGACGCUGAGGAUGAAGAUGGAGUAUCGCAACACCCCUCGUUUGCCGCUCCUCGGGUUGGGCAGCCACAAUCCUACGAACCGCAGACGCCAGCACCUCCCAUGAACCCAUUCAACCGAAAAGGAAGUGUCCUGAAACCGUCGCAGAUGUUUGGUGCUACACAACCAUCAUCUGUCGGACGACGUGUGAGCCCAACCUCGUCUCGUCCUUCACCAGAUGUCUACAAUGACUUCAGUUCACCUCCCAAGCGAGCGCGGUUGCAAUCCUCGCCAUCGGCAACACGAAACGGAGCUGGCGAUGAUACCUCACCGUUACAGUCGUCAGUGCGGAACAUACUAGCGAGAUGCAACUCAGUGUUGACGGAGGCGCCUUCGGCGACAAAACCACGAACAUCUGGCGUGCAGUCUUUCGAUGCAGGGCCGUGGAUCCAGCGAUCUGGAACAAUCAACGAGCCUCGUCCUUAUCUGUCGAUGCAAGAGAGUCAGGAGAUGCGGAACGGCCUUUCAGCAUCGGAUACAGAUUCAGACUCUGAUUCUAGUAUUGACGCGAGACCGCGGAAGCGUUUAGAGCGGGAAAGGCGAAUUCGACAAGAAUUGUCAACCAUCGGGCGAAUGCCCACAUCCAGCCGUCCAAGCUCUGCUUCGGCCGUUGAAGUGCCAUCUACUGGUCAACGACAAAGUUGGAUAGAUCAAUUUGAAGGCACAGCGAAAGCUAGGAGGAAUACACAAGAUGGGGCCCACUCCAGCCUCACAGGCUCAGCUGCUAUUGAAGUUCCCUCGACAGGCCGACGAAGAAGCGUCCAAGAAGAAUAUAUCGCUCAAUGCGAGGGCAUAGAUGCGAGGGAUACACAACAAGCUACCCAGGAUACCCAAGAAGAAGGCGUCAAGGAUACCCCGCCAGAUGAUGUGGUUGCCGACUCUCAAGCUGUUCCUGGUCAAGAGGAGGAUCCUGUAGAAGAACAGCCAUCCUCGAAGAAUGCCCGGGGUGCUCCUGAGGAUGACCAAUCUAGCCGGUCGGCAAUUGGCUCACAAGAACAGCCUACCCACCAGGAUCCGACCGUGGCCAAUCUUCCGCCGCCCAACAGAUCGCCAAUUGACCAGCAGGUUGAAGGCCAUACCGAGCAAGAAGCCCCAACUGCCUCAAUUACUGCUGCCAGCGCACCUGAACCAAGUCUGCCCUUACAGGAGAUGUCGAGGAAUCAGAACAAUUUGCGAACCCCCAUGGCUAUCAAGAACCAACCUUUCUCUGAUGGUCUUGAUACAGUCCCGGAGACUAGCCCGCCGGAACGCACUCUUUUAGAGCAACGCAGUCCACCGGAGGCGCGCCUUCGCCCAAUGGGGGAAAUUGCGAGUAUCUCUUUUGGGGGCGAUGGGGUCGAUGAUUUGGGAAACAUCCCUGGCUUCACUCAAGAUGCUGACUUUGAGAAUGCUAUGCGAAUUCGGUCAUCACCUCAACCUCCGCCACGGGUGCCGCCUCGAAACGCCCCGUCAGCGCAGGUCUCCGAGGCUAUUGUUAUCUUGAAAGACGUUGCGGCUAUCGGAAUUGCAAAUGCUUCCUUGGAUCCUUCACCUGCGAAGCAUCAUCUGCAGGCGCCCCCACUAGAUGAGGUGACAGGCAGUGCUGCCCUAUCCGAACAACCCGAAGAAGUCGUGGCCACCGAGCAGCAAAUACGACAUAAUAACAAUCAUCAACCCGAUCAUGAUGGAGAGAAAGGUGAGGUCACACAGGAUUUACACGAUGCAACGGGAGAUGAUCUUCCUGCACCAUCGGCUAAAAGAACGGGAUUGAGAACCAAAGGUGAGCUCAAGGGUCCCUCGCGUGCAUUACGACGAUCGGGUUCCACCUCUCGAAGCACCACUCCGUCUUCGAAACAAUUGAAAAAAGCAAAAGCCAUUGGCUCACGUUCAACCAAGACGGCACCAGUCUCGACGCCGGUUGCUGAAGCUUCUGCCCCGCUUCCUGCGGAGAAAAAUGUGAAUCCAGAAUUUACAAAUCCACCAUCUGCACCCUCCGCACCCUCCGCACCCGCUCCAUCAUCUACAAGAGCCUCAAAACGGAAGUCCGCGGUUGCAGAUAAAGAGGGUACGCCAGCUUCUUUACCGAAGCGAACAUCGAAACGCAAGUCAGGCCCUACCAUUUUGGAUGAUUCCGUUGCCCCAACUCGGUCGUCUAAACGUCAAUCAAUCGCACGCGAUGCAAAAGAAGAUAGCGAAGACCCGUUGGUUUUGCCUAUCCCUGCCGCUACUGUCGCCAGAAUGAGCCCUUCCGGGUCUUUGUUUGCAAACAUGGCAUUUGCGGUCUCUUACCAGAAGCGUGACCAGGAGAAAGAUGAGGUGACGAAAGCGAUUCGUGACAAUGGUGGAAGAAUUCUCGAAGAGGGUUUUGAUGCUUUGUUCGAGACAUCGAAGCUGAAGGGACCAGAUGCUGGAUUGAUGCUCUCGGCGGUGAACAAACCACUCGGCUUUUCUGCUCUCAUCGCAGACGAGCAUUCAAGAAAAACCAAAUACAUGCAAGCGCUAGCUCUAGGGCUACCUUGCAUAUCUGGACAGUGGGUCUUAGCUUGCGUGAGUAAAGGUGCCAUCCUGGACUGGUCACCGUACCUCCUUUGCGCUGGUCAGUCCUCAUUUCUCGGCAAUGUGAUGAAGUCCCGAGUAUUACCACGAUAUCCUGCCGCAGAAGCGAACCUUGAAUUGACCUUGGACGCUCGAGACAAACUUCUUGAGGGAAAGUCGGUGUUGAUGGUCACGAGCCGGGGCAAAGCCGACAAACGCAAGCCAUACAUCUUUUUGACUCGUGCAUUAGGCCCAUCUCGAGUUGAACAAGUUGGCGACCUAUCAGAGGCACGCACGAAGUUGGGAUCCGAAACUUGGGACUUGCUCUACACAGAUAGUCCAAAAGAGACUGCUGCAGCCACUGUCUUUGGCUCUGCAAAUUCGAGCGGUGGUUCGAAGAAAAGGAAGAGAGGUCCUACAGCCACGAAAGAUUCAACGCCUUCGCCGAAGAGAAUUCGCGUUAUUGACGACGAGACCAUGAUCCAGAGUCUCAUCUUGGGACAAAUCAUGGAGGCCCAAAACUGACGACUCGUAUGUUCGAGCCUUGAGCUCCACAUUUGGCACCCUUUGCUGACAUUGUCGGCAUGGCUUUUGAUUUAUCAUAGCACAGCAUACUUCAGAACAUUGGGACUGGGGCGAAGCUGCAUAUCUAGGAGUAUUUGCUAAUGGCUUAUGGGGGCAUCAUUUCUGUCUGGUAUGGCAGAUUGCAUUGGCGUUUUUGCUCUGUGAUACCAUUAUGGAUGAGCAGGUUUACGGUGCUUUGGUUGGUGGUAUGUACAUAGGGGAGGUAGAUUGAGAAAUGAUAAUAGCUUGUGGCCCGAGCCUUGAAGCCUUGGCGAGUCUUUGGUGCUUACCGCAUGUCCGAAUUGGUUUUGCAAUGUAGUUCUGAUUUCGGCUUUGCUUCUUCGCGGAUUCAUGACCUCUGUUCCGAGCAAGUCUACAAGGCUAAAUCUAUUGUGAUUCAUGCU